AUGGUACAGGGAUUCAUUCUUCAGCCUCAUGAUUCUGGUUACCUAGAAGUUUUAGUGGAUCCAUCAGCUUCCAUCAAUCUCACCACUAUUCCCUCAUUUGAAGAAACAUCACAGCCACCACAAGACCCAGAACAAGACUUUCAGAAUUGGAUUGAGCAGCCCCAACAAUAUGGUAAAUAUUUAAUCUGCGAUCCACUCAAGGAACACAAAGUCAACAAGAUCCUCGAUGCAGGAUCACUUAACCUGAGACCUCAAAUACCUGGAAUCAAUUCAGCUUACUGGUACGUAAGCUUUGAUGCUGACACCCCGGCCCCAAUGCACAUAGAAGAUGCCAAUACGGGAUCUGCAAACCUGUUGCUUGCAGGGGCAGACAAGCAUUGGCUUAUCAUCCAUCGCAGUAGCGCCUCAGAGUUUGAAGACUGUGUCAAGAAAGAGCUUUCUGGAGGUGAUUGUUCGCAGUUCGUUCGCCACCAAGACUUCAUUCCUGGUCCGCUGUGGUUAAAGAAAAGAGGUAUUGCGUUCGAGAUUGUUGUUCAGAAACCAGGAGACAUCAUGUGCACGCUCCCUGGGCGCACGUACCACGCUGUCCGAAAUACGGGCAAGAAUUUUGCCGUUGCUAUAAAUUACGAAUUCGAGGAUGCACCCGAUCAGCCGUUGGAGUACCGAUGGUGCUCUAAAGGCAGAACUAAAUGCGGUUCUACAGCCCUUACCAUGGAAGACUUCCAAAGGUCCCCUAUGGUAUCAUCCGAUACUUCUUCAUCUAUCGAUACAAUCGUUAUUCUACAAGAAGAAUUGAAAGAUGGACCAAUGGAAAAGAACCACCUGGAGAUGUCAAUUGAAUCUACCUCGCAGGAAUUUAUCAAGCGAUGUUCAAAUCCGGAGUGGUUUGGAUAUAAGAGCAAACAGGAAUUGCAGACGGAUCUUGCUUUGUUCAACCCUGGACGUCAGUUGAACGACACUGUCCUUCGUCAACUUCUCGAAUUGAUAUCCCUCCCACACGGUUACGUUGUCGUUGAGUCUCUUGGACUAGACCUUUUGAGACUAUCCACGGAACAUAUACGCAACGACGAUGUCAAGGGACUCGUUUUCCCGUUUCAUGUGAACAAAUCGGAUCCUUCGAGCACCGCUGAUCGUGAUCAUUGGGCGAUGGGCAUCCUCGAUCUAGGAAGGAAGUUGUUUACUACUUACGAUUUACCAGAAGACCUGUCUCUGGAAUACAAAUUCUCUUUGGAAUGCGCGUUACAAGAAGAAAGUUCAACCCAUUCUGUUUCAGAGCUGAAUGUUCAAGCUAUGGGCAAUCCUGUGGCUUUUGCUGUUGCCUUGCGCUAG